GUAUUUCCAUAUUCCCAAAUCCCAAACAAUUUGCCAAGAAAACCGCCCAAUAGUAGGGCAAAAACGUCAAAUAACGAUUGAUUUCUGUUCAGUGUCUCUGUGGAGCUGUAUAUAAUUUUACUUAUGCAUUAGGGCGUGAAAAUUACAAAAUAUGGCGAUUUUUAGAUCACUUUAUUGAUAGCCGUUCCAGGUUUUAAAUAAUCGAUGUGCAUGUUGUAUUUUAAAGUGUGCUAUGUAUUUGAGUUGUUCGAGUGUUUUAAAAAUGUUUUGAUGUCGUCAAAGUUAGGUUAUGAGUGUUUAGAAGAUAUCGGGCCCCCGUCCUCUUAUUCGAUAAUUUGCAUUUGGAAAUGAGUACUUGGGCAGCGAGAAUGCAUAGGCGCGCGGCGACUUUUAGUAACGUAGUUACGUCCUGCGGUCAUCCCUCCGGUCCCUACCCGAGAAGACUGGAAAAAGUUAAAUUUGGGGUACCACUCGAAGAAGUUUGUAAAAAUGAUAUUCCAGGCCCGCUGUUGGUUUUAAUUCUGAAACUCAACAAAGAGGCUCCUUACAGGAAAGAUGUGUUUAGAGCGCCAGGACAUCAAGGCGCAAUGAAAAAACUAAUUCACUUUCUGCAGACGGGUCGAUUAGUCAACAUGGAUAAUUUUAGUGUGUACACUAUAGCUAGCGUUUUGAAGAAGUUUCUUCGAAAAGUGCCCGGAGGAAUAUUCGGAAGGGACAUCGAACAAGAAUUCUUUCAUGUGAUUGAAUUAACUGACCAACAAGUACAGAAUGAUGAAAUUAAUAGAAUAAUAACUUCUUUGCCACGCCACACGCAAAGACUUCUAGUACUGCUUUUCGGAACUUUUCGAGUGAUCGCUUCGAACAGCGAGAAAGCCAGCACCGGUAUGACCAGCGAAGCUCUAGGGGUUUGCGUGGCCCCUAGUUUCUUCCAUUCGUGCGUCAGCGAUGGCAAAACGGCCAAAAUGGAAGAUGUCAUGAAAUUUAAGGUCGCUUCGCGCGUCAUGAAGCAUCUGAUAGAAGAAUUCGCCUCGUCCAACCUGUUCGGCAAAGACAACUACGAGUACUACGCGAGGGUGACGGGCCGGGUACUUCGGGUCCAGGGCGAGUGGAUUUGCUCCUUCCAGUACCCGCCUACCAAGGGCGUGUUUCCCAACGAGUACGUGGCACUGGAACGGUACCUGCUCGGGCAUUUGUCGAUGGGCAAAGAGACGUGGCUGCAAUGCGAAAAUAACGAUUGUUGGAAUCCCAGCUAUUUGGAAGCGAUGACACAAGGGGAAGAAUGUCAGUCGACUCCGGCUCUAUUGGAGGUUGGUUUACAAUCACAGGUGAAUUCGUCAUCUUUGGGAAUGAUCGCUGAACACACCCUUUUAGAAUCCUGCACCCGACUGUCCAUAUCUUUAGAGCAAAAUGGAUUAUUUCAGAAUAAUACAUCCAAUUCUUCAAGUACAAGUCAUUCGUCCAAAUAUAGUUAUACAGGACCAAAAAUGACGUUAGACGAAUUGAAAGCUGUAAACGCUUAUGCAGAAAGCACUAGAAGUUUAAGCUACUUACCUCAAGUACACGAAAGGCAAACCGAAAGAAUGAAGACCAGAUCUCAGUGGUUUCUAGGUCCAUCAGUGGAGUGUUCCAGUUGCGGUGGAUCCCUGGACAUGCCUCUUAAUAAAGCAGACGUUUCGGCACUUACGAGCGCCUUACUCAGACGCUCAUCAUCAGGAACUAUCGUUGGAGUGGCCGGCUUGUCGUUGAGUGCGGAAUCUAUACAAAAAAGACCGAGUAUUAAGAGGGCUAAUUCAAGGGAUAAAAGAUACGUCCAACGAUCUGCCAGUCGGAGAAAUAAAGAGAAUGGUUCCAGGUCUAGCAGCUUCAAAGGAAGAGGCGAGAGGAAGGCUUCCGCUUCCCGUUCGAACAGUUUCAAGGUCAAAUACGAGAACAUAUCCAGGUCGUGCAGUUUCAAAAACAAAGGAGAAUUGUGUUCGUGUCCGGUAGACGCUCCAGCAACGUUGGAAAACGGUGAGAAAGAGGAAAGUCUUGCGUCAGAUACUGCCAAAACAAAGGAAACAAUAUGCGUGACGCUUACAUAUAAACCGCGUAUUUAAACGUUUUUUAGAGAAUUUAUAAGACUUACGACUUAUUAACGUCUUGCCCUAAUUUUAAUAUAACUUUAUAUAUAAAUACCUUAACAAGUUACUUACUAUACAUGCUUUUUGCUAGAAUACAAUAUUUGCUCAAAAUGGGUAGACUCGUCACAACGAAACCAAAAAACACCAAAUUUAUACCGUCUCAUUAAAAUUGGGGCGAUACUUUUACAUUAAUAAAAUAUACGCUUAUUACAUUUUUAAACAAAGCGUUGGCUAUUAUUGUUUAAGCAUCAUCAUCAUCAUCUUGACUAGCGUCUCUAUGAAAUCCAAAUAAUUAUUUCAAAUUGUUAUAGAGAGAAAUUUUAUGAGGGAGGAAAAUUAAGAAAAUUUAACUCUAGUGCCUUUAUACUUCAUAUAAAUAAAUAAAUUUAAAGUUUAUUAGAUUGUCUUGGAUAAAUAUUCUAUAAAAUGGCGCAUUUAAAUUUCAUAGAGACCCCCAUAUUCAAAAAAAAACAUUUCAUAUUAAACUAUCUGGUAUUAUUUUUAAUGAUAACAGCGAUAAAGGCAUUUAGAUCUAGUAUUAUUUUUAAAUGACGAUGAUAAGAUUGAUCCAUCACCAAAAAAAACUGACAAAAAUUAUUUAUAAAGACUGUUUAUUUACGUAUUGUAUUUAUUAGAAAGUAUUUAUAUGUAUUUUUUUGUAGAAACGAUUGUAUACCAAAACAAUUAUAUUUUAAUUAAUGUUGAAGAAGCUGCAAAAUGUUUUUUGUUUAUAGCUUAAUUUUACAUGGAUGUAAUAGAGGUAUUGAGUGUUUAUAUAAAUUAACUGAUUGUACUGCAUUUACAGGAAUAUAUUUUAGUGGUCUAAUUAACAAUUUGACGUUAUAACUCGAUAUUAGAAUGAUUUUAUUGCAUUCUACUAGGUUUUGAAUAAUUAAAAAAAAUUUAUUACAGAGAUAUAAAUUUUAAUGUUUUAGGUUAGGAUUUUUUAAGGUUAUAAAGCUUACUUUUUAAAUAUUUAUCACCUUCUAGCACUUCUUGUUUAAUCGGAAUUAAUUAUUCCAUAUUUGCUAGUUAAAUGGAAUUACCUAUAUAGUUUUUGAGAGCUUCCUAUCGUGGAUAGUUAAGAUCUAUUUUUUACUUAUAUGCUUAUAGAAAAUUGCAUUUUAGCAAAAAAGGAAAAAUUUAACAUGCAAAUAUUUCCAAAACUGGGCGUUGAAACUAAUUUUGGUGUAUUUUAUGAACACCCUGUGUAAUAUUUAACGUAAUUUAACUUGACCGGCACAGCGUUACCCACUUUUACCUAUUUUUUUUAAUCAGAACAUUUUAGGAAACAAAAAUAAAAUAAUUGUAAAUGUAUGAACAGUUAUUAUUUACAUCAGCAAAACUCAGCUUCUUAACAGCACUUAAGGGACAUAAAGAGCCAUUACUACCGCUUUCCCGUUCAACAUUUUUAAGCUAAGUAUCAAAAUACGAUUCAUUUAAAACAAAAACUCAACAAAACUAAAGUGUCAAAGCGAACGACAGUAUCAGGAAAUAAAUAAAUGUAACAACUUGACAUUUUUACAGCAGAGCUACUACCUGAAUCCCCAGCGGGAAAUUUAAAUUCUAGUUAGUCAGUCCGGCACCGAAUAUGUCCAUGGUUGGCAACAAUGAAUUUAAAAAUCGUACCCCCGAUUACCUAACUAAAAGUUUAAUUAGUAUCGAAUAUAGGUCGUUCUAUUUAAAAAUAAACAAGUAAGUGUUAAUAGGUGGAAAAGAAAUAACACCUUAAAUCUUCUUAACCUAUACAGGGUGUCCCAGAAAUAAGUGCAAGUAUUUUAAGGGGUGAUAGAUCUCAAUAAAAGAAACAUAUUUUCUCUUUAUCGUUUUUCAAAUAAAUCCAAAAUAACGGAGUUAUUU